AAUAACAGACAUCGCAGCAUAACACAGAAAGGUUUAUGCCCAUUAAUAUUAGCUCUGUGAGAGAUUCUGUCCCCCGAUAGUAUGAUUUGAUUACUGUUCCCAUAUACAGCAGAGCCUUGCAAGCCUCCUACAGUCUCUCGGCCCUCAUUAAAACUGCCAUUAGCCAUGAUAUGGCAAAACCUUUCUUGCGCCCAAAGUCUUUGCCCCUCCCCCCCUUGCUGCUGGAAGGGGACGAGUCUGCUUCUCCACAGCCUGGUAGAUCAAGACGAGACUAUGCUUCGUCUCAUUCUUGGCUCACAGAUCCUCAAUAUCUUUCGGAUGCUCAAAACCCGGCAAGCUCGUGCUCGAUUCUCCUUGCGCCCUCAGAACUCCUAACGGAGAGAACAACCUCAAGUCCUGAAGACUCGAUUUCGAAGUUGGAAAAAAUGUCUCCUAAGGCUCGUGUUGUGAAUGUCGGCUCAUUGAGUUUAUGUCUCGCGAAGAGCCUCGUCGCUUUCUGAAUCCUCUUCUUCGAGUUGUUGAGCAUCGCCGGGGGACUGAUCAGUUUCGCAUAUCCAGGCCACCAGAGGACAAAGACAUAACCCGACCAUUACACCCGUCGUUCCGACGAUGCGCCAAUUGUCUCGGACCGCUUCCGGAACAUAUGUGUUGACGAGAGAUGCGGCGCGUUCAAGAUGGAGAUUGGAUAUUGACGACAUGUUGUUAAGAGGGCGCCGGGGAAGACAAAGUAAAUACAGUCUCAAGAAUGUCGAGAAUU